CCCUCGCGUCGCCUCGCCGCACCAAUGGCGGCGGCGUCGAUCAAGCUCUCCUCCUCCGCCAAGCCCCUCGCCCCCGCGCCGGUCUCCCACCUCCUCCCCCUCCGCGCGCACCACGCGCGGCCGCUCCCCGCGCGCCUCCCGCCGCCGCCCCGCGUCGCCGUGCAACACACCGCCGCGCGGGCCUCCGAUGCCUCCCCCCGCACCGCCUCCUUCGACAAGGUGCUGGAGACGCUGAUCGGCGGUGACCACUUCUCGGAGGAGGAGGCGGAGGCGACGCUGCGGCUGCUGCUGGAGGAGGAGAACGAGGCGCGCAUCGCCGCCUUCCUCGUGCUCCUCAGGGCCAAGGGCGAGACCUACGAAGAGAUCGUGGGGUUGGCGAAGGCGAUGAUAGGCUGCUGCGUCCGGGUCGACGGGCUCGAUGACGCCGUCGACAUUGUCGGCACCGGCGGGGACGGCGCGGACACCGUCAACAUCUCCACCGGCUCCACCAUCCUCGCCGCCGCGGCGGGUGCCAAAGUCGCCAAGCAAGGGAGCAGAGCUAGCUCGUCGGCCUGCGGCAGCGCCGAUGUGCUGGAGGCGUUUGGUGUCAACAUCGAGUUGGGACCCGAGGGUAUUAAACGAUGUGUCAAUGAGGUGGGUGUUGGAUUCAUGAUGUCUGCAAACUAUCAUCCAGCAAUGAAAAUCGUGAAACCUGUGAGGAAGAAGCUGAAAAUAAAGACAGUUUUCAAUAUCCUUGGUCCUCUCUUAAAUCCAGCAAGGGUGCCUUAUGCUGUUAUUGGUGUUUACCACGAGAACAUAGUUACCAAGAUGGCUAAGGCAGCUCAGAAAUUUGGAAUGAAGAGAGCAUUGGUUGUCCAUUCGAAGGGUUUGGAUGAAAUAAGCCCACUUGGGCCUGGAUAUAUCCUUGAUGUCACACCAAGAAAGAUUGAAAAAAUGCUCUUCGAUCCAUUGGAUUUUGGUAUACCCCGCUGCACGCUGGAAGAUCUAAAAGGAGGUGAUCCAGCGUUCAACGCAAAAGUUCUCCAGGAUGUUCUUGCUGGUCAAAGAGGUUCAAUUGCUGAUGCUCUCGUGCUGAAUGCUGCAGCAUCUCUUCUUGUCAGUGGUAAAGUAAAUACUUUGCAUGAUGGUGUAGCGUUAGCACAGGAAACACAACGCUCCGGGGAGGCCAUCAACACACUUGAAUCCUGGAUAAAGAUUUCCAAUAGUUGCUGAGACUGAUGUUGGUUGGCCAACAGAAUUCCUCGAUAAGAUCCUCACCAAAGAAAAAAAAGGGAUUCUUCAAUAAGACCUGAGGAAUGAUGGCAAAUAAGGAUUAUUUUAGGUUAUCUUUGUCCAUAGUGACAUAUUUAUGUAUGUUCGUUCCAAGUGCCAUCUGGGGUGAGAUUAUAAGGUUAUGGUUGGGAUUGUAGCUUCUUUUCUAGUCUAUUUAGAGAUAGAUGACUCUUGUUUAGAGAUCUUGGUAGUGCCCGUUACAUUAUGUGCUAGUGCAAGGCGUGGAAGGAAAACGGAGCUAUACAGUAUAUCUGUUCAAUGUUGCAUCUCAAUUUUGUAAAAUGCUUCAGAAACAAUACAUAUGAUUCAUCUCGACUGCCUCCCAUUAUAAACUGAACUUGAGUUCACAA